AUGCCCCACGAUAAGGAGCACCCACAGGGUUCCCAUAACAAAGGCCCUCAGCAGGGCCAGGAGCCCCAGGACCAAGAAGCUGCCCAGGUCACCCAGGCUGUGGAGGAAACACUGUCCUCCCCGAAUCCUGUGAUGCCAAGCAAUAUGCAGAUGGUUCCUGUUGCUCAGGCCCCCAGUUACCCCGGGGGUCCUCAUAGUGCUAGCUCCUCUUCCAGUGGCAUUCAUGCUGCCUGUGGGAGUGAAUGUGAUGACAGCUCCAGUAGCGAAGAUGAGUCUACCCCAUCCACCUUAGAAGGUCUUCUGGAUAAGAAAGUGUCUUUCUUGAUGAAUAUCCUGCUGCUCUAUUUUCAACGUAAAGAGCCAAUAAGCAAGGCAGAUAUGGUGAAGUAUGUCAUCAGAGAGCACGAGGCCCUGUUUUAUCCAAUCCUCUGUAAAGCCUCUCUGCGCCUUGAGGUUAUCUUUGGCCUGGAAGUGAAGAAAGUGGAUGCCAUCAACCACUGCUAUGGCAUCUUCAUCAAACAAGGCUUCACCUAUGAUGGCAUGCAGUGUGGAGAAUUGGGAGUUCCCAAGACCGGCCUCCUGAUAUUUGUCCUGGGCGUGAUCUUCAUGAAGGGCCACCGUGCCACUGAAGAACACAUCUGGCAAUUGAUGAAACAGACGGGGAUCUGUUGUCGCAAGAAGCACUUCAUCUUUGGUGAUCCCAAGCAGCUCUUCACCAUCGAAUUCGUGAAGGAAGGGUACCUGGAGUACCAGAAGGGGCCUGAUAGUGAUCCUGAGAAGUAUGAGCUGCUGUGGGGCCCAAGAGCCUAUGCUGAAACCACCAAGAUGAAAGUCCUAGAGUUUAUGGCCAAGGUUCAUGGGACUGAUCCCACUGAUUUCCCAUCUCUCUAUGAAGAGGCUCAGCUUGAGGAACAGGAGAGAGCACAGCCCUGA